AAAAAAUAGAACACCUAAAAGUGAUAUUUAAUAAUAUCAAAAGUAAGAAAGUGAAGUCAACUUGAAUUGGGAAGAAAUCAUUGCAUACACCUUACUUGUGAGGUUUAACAAGAUUUAAACAUGGCGGGAACAAUGUUUUGUCUUCUGCUUAUCUUUCCGUUUACCAUGGCAAAAUAUUGUCCUUCCUAUUGCAGAUGCCCCAUCUAUACUGCUACCCUAAGAUGUCAAGAAAAGACAGUGCAAGAACUACCCAGGCUAAAAGGUUAUUUUAGGAAAAUGACUUUCGCUAUGGAUGAAAUUCAAAAUAUUCCUGAAAAUUAUUUUCAAAAAUAUCCAAUGUUACAAGAGAUUGUUUUUAUCGGUGGGAAAGUGCAACACCUUCGCCGACAUACGUUUAAUGGGUUAAAACGUUUGAAGAAGAUUACAAUUACGAAGAGCGAAUUACGUUCCCUGACAACAGAAGUAUUUCAAGGCCUUAAUUUGAGGAAGCUUUCUGUUAGAAAUAAUAAGCUUAAUUCACUGAGUGCGGAGACAUUUAAAGGACUGGGUAAGCUUGAAGAACUCGACUUAGCUCAAAAUGAGCUUGUAAAUCUACCUAAAGGCGUAUUUAAAUAUUUAAAAAAUCUACAAACGUUAGAGUUAAGUGGAAACAGAUUCAAGAUACUUGAUUCAAAUUGGCUUUCAGGGCUAACUCGACUUCGCAGGCUUGCUAUAACAAAGAAUAGAAUCAUGAAAAUUGAUGAUUACGCGUUUGAAGGUUUAAAAAAAUUACAAUUUCUUCAUUUGGAAUAUAAUCAAAUCAAGGUAUUAAGCAAUUAUACAUUUUUUGGAUUGGAAAAUUUAGAUAUUCUUAGCAUAUCACACAAUAACAUACAAAAAAUUGAGAGUGGAGCUUUUCAAUAUUUCGGCAAUAUGAAGAAUCAACUCCUUGUGAAUGAAAAUAACGUAAGCAUAAUUUAUCCGUAUACAUUUUCACCACUGAAAAAUUUGGAGCGGUUAUCUUUGAGAAAAUGUGGCAUCGUGGAACUGUCUAUAAAUUCGUUUAAAGGCAUGAACGGCUUGUCAUUUCUCACCCUUAAGAACAACAACAUAACGCAUCUACAAAACAAUAUUUUUAACGGACUACCUAAUGUUCGAACCUUGGAUCUACAACACAAUGAAGUGGAAACGAUUUUCCCUAAAGCUUUUCAUGGGUUAACAAACUUGGCAGAGCUGUUUCUUGAUUUCAACAGAAUCUCGACAGUGAAGAAUAUCAAUUUUAAGGACACCAGAAACCUCUAUGAAUUGCAUUUAACGAAUAACCUGAUAACAUCGAUUCAAGAUAAUGCAUUUCGACCUCUGAAAAAGCUUCUAUUGAUAUACCUAUUUAAGAAUCGGAUUUCUAACAUCAGUACAGGAGCAUUCAAUGGAUUGGUCAAUGUACAAUAUAUGGAUUUAAGCUUCAACUUAUUAAAUGGUAUUCAGCCUUCAACAUUUAAUGCUACGCCUAGGAUUGUCUCUUGCAACGUGAUAAGGAAUUUGAAGAAGUUCGAAGUCAAAUUUCCACGAAGACCCUGGUAUUAGAUGGUAAAGCGGGACCAAAACAUCAACACAUAAAAAAAGGAUGUUUUAACUGGCGCAUAAUGAGAGUAAAUUAAGAACAUCAAACAUACAAAAAAAUGAAUUUUUUAUUAACCGAGAGUGAUAAGCUGAAAGAAAACAGUUAAUUAUAUUUUCUUUUGUAUUCUUUAUUAUAUGAGAAGAAUGUAUUAUAUUAAAGCUUGUUCUUAUACUAAUGGCGCGGACAUAAAA